AUGUCCGAUGCUCGCCUCCUCUCCCCUUCACAACUGAACUCCACCAUAAUCAAACAUCUCGAUGACGGCCGAUUGAUCGAUGCAGCGCAAGUGUUCCACAGCAAUAUCCACCUCAGAGACCUCCUCUCAUGGAACCUGAUGCUGUCUGGCUACAUCAGAAACGGACAUGCCCAACGCGCGCACAAACCGUACGAUGAGAUGCCCUGCAGAGACGCUGUCUCGUGGAACACCAUCCUCUCUUCCUUCAAACGCUCCGGGGAUUCGACCCACAGGGUCGACUCUCACCACCAUAAUCACGGCAUCCCCAACGGGCAGUCUGGUGCCUCAGCUCCACGCGGUUGCACCGGGUUCAGCUGUAACUCCAUCGUCGGGACAGCGCUGAUUGGUGCCUACGCAGGUCGAAAGGACCCCAUCGCUAUGCGCCGCCGGGCAUUUGAUGACAUUCCGAUCAAGAAUUCGGUGUCAUGGACUUCGCUGAUCGUAGGAUACAUGCAGCUCGGACGCCUCAAGGAAGCCGAGUGCGCCUUCGGGAAAAUGCCGGCGAAGAACGUCGUCAGUUGGACCGCGAUGAUCAAUGGUUUCAUCGACAAUGGUCAUCUCGACGAGGCACGGCGAUGCUUCGCUCAGAUGUCUUUUAGGAACGUCGUCACCUCGACAUCAAUGAUCAAAGGGUGGGUACCAGGGGCACGGGCGGCACGUCGAUGCUCUAAACUUGUUCGUCGAGAUGCACCGGCUCAGUGGUAUCCUCCCCAACCAGUUCACAGACUCUGCCGUGCUUGCUGCCUGUGCCGGCUGAUGCUCCCUCCUGUUCGGCAAAUCUGUCCAUGGGCAAAUCCUGAGAUGCAGGGUGCCAUGGGAUGUGAUCUUGUGCAGCUCCCUCGUCGAGAUGUAUGGCAAAUGUGGCGACGUGGGUUCUGCCACCCGAUCCUUCGAGUCAUCCCAAGUCCGCAACUGGAGGAAUUCGAGAGGAUGAUCCGGGAAGGUGUUCGACCCCCGAUCACAUCUCUUCGUCGGCACCUUGAUGGCUUGCGUGCACGGUGGGUUGGUGAAGGAAGGAUGGAGCAUUACGGGUGCAUGGUGGACCUACUCGGGCGUGCAGAGAAGCUUUUCGGAAGAAUGCCGUUCGAGCCAGACGCUGUUGUGUGGGUGUGGGGUGCAUUGCUUGGUGCAUGCGGAUUGCAAUCGAGCUUGGAGCACGGGAUGGCUGCGGCCGAGUCGAUUCACAGGUUGGAGGAGCACCACCCAGCCAUCUACUCGAUGUUGCUGAGAAUCUAUGGAGAGAACGGCGCGUGGAGAAAGGUUGACGAGGUGAAGGAGACGAUGGAGAAGAUGGUCAUCGGAAAGCAAAGGGCACUAAGUUGGGUUGAAUCUGCUGCUGCUUCUUGUGGAUUAUAG